CUGGAAUUAGCAACUGCCAUCAAAACAAUGUGUUACAACCUCACUAUUGCCAAAAGGAAUCCUGUAAGAAGCGGAAGAAGGUGAAAGUUGGUGUUAUCUGGGAAAACUCCCCUUUUUCACACCGGAAAUGUCUUCUAUGACAUUCAGCCAGAAGAAGUUCACACCAACAGCACCGGAUAAGGGCAGUUUUCCGCUGGAUCACGAGGGUUUGUGCAAGAAGUCCAUGCUGAAGUACAUGAACUGCCUUCAACAGAAAUCAGACUCAAAUUCCGAGUGCAGAUCCUUCGCCAAGGACUAUCUUGACUGUCGUAUGCAGAACAACUUGAUGGCCAAGGAGGAGUGGAGUAAGCUUGGCUUUGAGGAACAACAAUCAGAGAAAUAA